GUAUGUCUGGUUCUACUGAUCAAGAAGGCAACACGGAAUUAAGAAAACUACUCAGCAGUAUCUACACCGAGGAGAAGAAAAAGGCUUUGUUGAAGAACCCCAAUCAUUUAGGCCAACGUGUCAAAGCUAAACCCGUAGGUGUCUCUGCAAAGAACCAGGUCAUUGAGGCCUCGAGAACCUACUUCGAAAGCGACGACAAUAUAUUGGAAGGUGGUCCUGUUUCAUUGAAUGACAGCGAACUGGAACGUCGAUACGAUUUGGCAUACACCGCGAUGAAAAAUUUCGUAAUCGUUUACCUCCUUCCUCAGUUUACGCUGUAUUCAGGUUUUACUUGGAUGAAAAUCGGGUUUGAACAACGGGAAUUGUUCGCAUUGAUCGCUGAUGAUCAUUUGUUCUCUUACCUUGGAGCUGAUAACUGUCUGCCUCUCUUUGCUUUUUCCAAAAGUUGGGGGUCUAAAAACCUUUUGGUUGCUGCAGUCAGAAACCGCGUAAAGUCAAUUCUCAAGACGAAGAUCCGUCCUGGAGCCUCGACAAUCGCUAAUGAAAUAGAGGAGAGUGAAGACGAAUUGGCAGGAGAUAUCAAUACGAGUGUUUAUGCAAACGAAGGUGACAAUAUCGAGACGUUAGACUGUGACGAGAGUGAAGAGAGUGACGAGGGUGAGGAUGAAGGGGAGGAUGAAGGGGAGGAAGAAAAAAGAAUGGCUAGAGAAAUCAAAGUUCUAGCCCAGAGAACUAGAGAGCGUGAGUUUGCUUUGGAGCAGGCUAAGCUGCGUAGAAGUGCCACUUCUAGUGAUAACAAUAAGAGUCCUGUUACCAAGAAGCCGCGUAAACAAAAAAAUUCAUCUGCCUCCAGUCAUCUCUCCGUCGUUACACCAACCACUAAAAAGUACAUAUAAACACAUUCUUUUUUUUCUUUUUUCCUUUUUUUCUUUUUUGAUAUCUAUUUUUUAUCUUUUUACAUCCAUAAAUCAGUUUUUUUUAAAAAAAAGAUUACUU